AUGAGCGGCUGCGCCAAGCACCUCUCUCUCUUCGUGUCGGCAACCUUCCCUGCGUCGAGGGUCACUCGAGCCCGCGCGCCAGGCACCCCCGUCGCCUACGUAAACUUGAUUGCUACCGGGUCGGCGCCGUCUCUGGUAUUCCCAUUUUCUCUGUGCUUUCUUCCUCUGUCUGGUCCUCCUUCCCAAGGCUGCAGCCCGCAGCGCCGCCGCACUGUGCCCCCCCUGUCCCCCCACCUCGCCUCCCCCCCGUCGAAUCGUGCGCUGCAAGUUCGCGUAGGCUUUUCCUCGCGCCUGUCCCCUGGAACAUCGCCGCCACACACAGCCAUGCAGAAGCGCGGGCGCGGCGGCGACGAGUCCGCGGGCCGUCCGCGUGGCGGGAAUUUUUGGCGGUCCCAGGGCCCCAACUGCGCAGGAGAUCCUCAGCAUCCCUCGCAGGGCGUCGGCUCGCCUGGCGGCGGGCGCGCCUUCUACGGCGUGGAGCGGAGCGACACCGCGCGGGCGUGGGGGGACUCGAGACGCGAACACGUGCCGCAUCCCCGGCGUACCCCGGCGACUGGCGCAAGCCCCCCAGAGGUGUCUGGGAGCCGUAUUCUAGCCCCGAGAGGCACACGACUGCGUCGCCUGGUUGCAGAUCGCACGCUGCGCCGGCGCAUCUACGACUUUGCCGAGCAAGCGCGGUUUCAGGGAGAAGAGCGCAGGUGA